AAACCAGUGGCUCGCUCCUCCCGGACAAAGUGAGGUCCAGCCUCAUCCGAUCAGCGCGCCUGUGCUGCGUUUCACGGAUGCUUCAGCACUUCAGCAUCCUCAGCUCAGCGGAAUUAACGCAUUGGUACGGGACGAAUCUGACCUUUCUCUCCUCUGUAGGUGUUACACACUGCAUAGAAUAUAUAUACUAGAUUGCUGGGAGACCCACAAUGGCAAACAGAGGGCCCAGUUAUGGACUGAGCCGAGAGGUGCAAGAGAAAAUUGAGCAGAAGUAUGAUCCAGACCUGGAGCAACGAUUGGUCGAUUGGAUAACUGCACAGUGUGGCGGAAACCUGGAGCGACCACAGCCGGGCAAGCAGAACUUCCAGAAAUGGCUGAUGGAUGGAACAAUUCUUUGUAGACUCAUCAACAGCCUUUAUCCAAGGGGGAAGGAACCCAUCAAAAAGAUCCCAGAGACUCAGAUGGCCUUUAAGCAAAUGGAGAAGAUCUCCCAGUUCCUGCAAGCUGCAGAAGCUUAUGGAGUCACAACCACUGACAUCUUUCAAACUGUAGAUCUCUGGGAGGGAAAAGACAUGGCAGCAGUGCAAAGGACCCUAAUGGCUCUGGGGAGUUUGGCUGUCACCAGGGAGGAUGGUCAAUACAGAGGAGACAGAGACUGGUUCCACAGGAAAGCCCAGGGGUAUCGAAGAGACUUCACCGAAGAGCAGCUACGCCAAGGACAGAGUUUAAUUGGCCUGCAAAUGGGCAGCAACCGUGGGGCUUCCCAAGCUGGUAUGACAGGCUACGGUAUGCACCGUCAGAUCAUGUAGACCCAUCACUAGCCAAGCUGUUCUGCUUCCAGACCUUAUUUUCUCCUAACACCACAAAUGUUGUAGCCCCAGAAACCUUCCUAAGCUUUGUAGCACCUGCCAUGUUAACCUCAAUUUCCCUGAAAGUGCUGCUUUCGCCAAAUAGUGUUUUUAUCCACAUCUUGAAAAGUGAUGUCAGAUGCUGUACUUCCUUGGGCUGUCCUUCCCUUCCUCUCUUCCAGUUUGUCACGUGCUGUUUCCUAACUAUCACUCUUAACUCAGUUUUGUUACACUUCAGGUCCAGAUGUUUACUUAACGUGGAACUCAGUGUUUCAGCAUCGGUUUAGUCUCAUAAAGUGUUUGAUUAAAAUCUCUAUACAAUGCAAGUCAUCAGUGUUGUAAAUAUAUCUACACAAGUACUGUAAGCCACUGUUAGAGCAUGCCACAUGCUAUGCAUUUUUAAUUAUCUACACAUUUAUUUACAUUUGCUUUGGUUAUUUUAGGAUGGUCUGUUACUCUGUAAUUAUUUAGCCUUAAACCUCAUGGAACUUAAUGACUGACGAUGUCUCUGCUAUCUUGUCUGAAGACUUGUUGCAGUAUCCUCUGUAACCAAAUCAACCUCACAUGGUGCCUGGUUAUGGACUACAAUGACUGGGUCCCGAUAUACUGGCCUCAAAUUAUAAAUGAGAGUCAUUCAUUCUGAGCCAUGCCCUUGUUAUUUGUUUGUUAGAUUACAUAUUAUACUGUGUCUCUUUUGUGUGCAACAAGCAAGUAAAUGUGCAGUAGCCAACAUGUAUGACAGUGAAGUUUCCAUCUCUGAUGCCAGUUGAAUACAUUGCUUGAAUGUGCCCUUUUAUGUGCAUUAUGUUUAUAUUUUUUAAAUAUAUUUAUAUCUGGAAGCUUGUAAGAAGAAU